UUAAAUUGUAAUUAAAGUUUAAAUAAUAACCAUGCAGAUAUAUUAGCAUUUAGCAUAACUACGUUGUUGCUCGAGAGUUGGUACAGUCCGAUGUCCUUCGCUUAGAGAAGGAAGAGCUAAAGGCCACGGCUGGUGUUAAUAAAAGGAACCAUGGUCAGAUUUGCAUUACCAACCAGUGUGAAUUGGGCACACAUAUUGGUUCCCAUGGGAUUUGUGAUUGGAUGGUACCUUGACAAACAAGAGGAUAAGAAGCUGACGGCAUUCAGAAACAAGAGUGCAUUGUACAGAAGAGAGUUGAAACCUGGUGAGGAGGUGACCUGGAAGUAGAAGCUUCCCUGCUUGGAAAAUUCCAUCGAAUGAAGUCCGAAGGGAUGACGCCUGGUCCUCGAGUUGUAAUAUUUAAAGGACCCUUCUGUACACCUUCCGUUGAGUUGUAUCAACUAAAAUAAAUAAAAAUGUCUGUUCUCGAAAACGA